AUUUCCAUAAAAAGUAUGAUGUAAUCAUUACAGGUGAAUUUACUUGUAGCUUGUGCUAGUACGAGGUAUUGUGUUCCAUCUCGACCAACACCCUGUAUCACCGAUCCACCAGGAGAAACAAUUGAAGAUCCCGUUUCGAUGGAAAGUUUGACACUGACUUUCUCAUGAACAAAAUUUGAACGUUAUUUUUUCCAGAGUUUUCAUAAUCGCGGAAUAUUAUUGAGUAGGUACAUCCGGGGGUUUCCAAAUUCAUCGUUCUCAUUUUCGAAAUUUCGAACAUAACUUUGGGUUAAAUUUCUGGUUUCGUAAGAACGCGAGCUGACCAGGAUGCCAUCAUCAAAGAAAACAAAGGUGAUAGCGGAUGUGAUGAAGGCCAUCCUCCACCUCAAGGACAACAGAGGGUCGUCGCUCAAGAAGAUCGCUGACAUCGUGGAGGAUAAAGUUUCUAUCAACGACGUGAAAAAGGCGUUGAAGUUCGGUAUCGACAAUGGCCUGAUAAAACGAACUGGAUGUAACUUCAGGUUGGGUUUGGAUCUUGGACACUUGGUUCGAAGGUCCACCGAUGAUGGGGACAUAUCAAACAAGAUCUACAUGGCUAGGCGACGUAGGAAGGGAAGCAAACGGCGUAGGAGGAGUGGAAGGAGGAGGAGGCGUCAUCACGCUGGCGAACUGAGCGACAGCGAAUGUUGCGAAUAUUGCGAGACUGACUACAGCGAUGCAAGCGAUGGGACUCCUGUAAGAGAGCAUAGGAGGAGAGGAGGUCGAAGGAGGCGCGGAAGCAAAAGAAGGAGGGGCCACAGGAGGAGGAGAAGGACUGCCGAUCCAAGCGACAGUGGAGCUACUACUGAGGAAGACGGCGGGAAUGGAAUGUCGACGGAUUCUGCAUCGACUGCUGAACCGAAAUCUGAUACCAAGCGUCACGCCGAUUACGUUGACUUUGGCAGAGUGAUCGAAGACAAGAACGAAAAAAAUCCAAAUCCUGCUGACAGCGUGAAAAUGGUGUGGAGCCAGCGGAGGCUCGACAAAAGGGGUGUCUCCGAGAGCGAGCGAAAAUGUUCUGGUUGUAAUCGCACUGAAUGUGUGUGUUCAAGUAUGAAGAAAUGAAAAUUGUGGGGUCAUAUAAACUGUUUUGUGAUGUUUGAGAUGAAUGUUUUUAAUAAAUAGUGAACGAAAUAUACGC